CAGCUAAGCAAGAAAAGGCUUUGCACACGAUGGCAAUCCUGCCAAUAACCCGUUGCCACGGGCAACUGCUCAGUUGUUUAUUCAAUACAACUCCAGCUCCAAGGCACAACCGGUUGUGGUUUAAAUAAUAAAACUGCGCCUUAAUCGACCACAUAAAGAAGUGAGUAUAAGAUGCCAUUGCUUGAAGCGCCUGCCGAGUACUCGGAAUCCUCGCCGGAGCACUCACUGCAGCCAGAGAUACCGUUGUUCCUCGCACCACUGCCAGGCCCUGCUGCCCUGGCACAACUACGUCCCCUGCCCGCAGAGGUGCGACAACACCAACAGCAGCAGCAGCUGUUGCAACAACAGUUGCAGCAACAAAACCAGCAGAAUCGUCGCAUCCUGGGACGCAGAAACUCCUACGAUCGGGAUGUGCCCAUUGCCGAGGAGACGGAACACUUUCCGGCGUUUGUGCACCUGCUACCAGUUGUGCUGCCGCCUCAGGUGCCGGAGCCAACGCUCGAUGAGCUGCUGCGUCGCGUGACACAGCGAACCGAUCUAGAGCAGGUGGAGACGGUGCGUCUGCGUGUGAUUUCAUAUUCGGUGAGCCUGUCGAGGCUAUCGCUAUUUCUGCCACGCUUGCAGCAGCUGGAUCUCAGUGGCAGUGUGCUCAGCUCUCUGCGAGAUCUGGGCUAUGGCCUGAUGCAAUUGACCCAUCUGAACAUCAGCAAUUGUGGAUUGAAUAGCUUCGAUGGCACCAGUGGCCUGCCCGCCAUACGGGUGCUCAUUGCGGACGGGAAUAUGAUACAGCGUGUGGGUCCACUGACGGAGCUAAGUCAGCUCCAAGUGCUGCAGGCGCGCAACAAUCGCAUCAGUGAGCUGGGAUUGCUCUCGUUUCUGGGCCUGUGCCCGCAGCUGGUUCAAGUGGAACUCGACGGUAAUCCCGUCUGCCGUUUGCCCCUAUAUCGCGAUAUGCUGCGUCGCAGUGUGGCAACUCUCCAAAUACUGGAUGGUCAGCCAAUUGAUGAGGCUAGCGGCGAGGUGCAACAGAUGGACUCACACAGUUCCCAGUCCAGUGAUGAGUCCGAGUCAGCUGCUCCACGACCAGCAACAGCACCACACAAUAACAACAACAGCAAUAGUGGCAUCAAUAUUCCGCGCCCUGCAUCUGCUUUGGUCUCACUGGAUUCACGUCAGGGCUCCACUCCCACAUCCAUACCCUCAACCCCAGUGGCUGGCUCAGUUUUGGGUCUGGUGCGCCAGCGACGACGACGCAGUGGACAUGCCUGGGUCAGCUCGUCAAGCGGCUCAUCCGCCAGCUCCUCGGCAGGUUCAACGCGAGCGCCUUCGAUUAGCUCCUGCUCCUCACACAGCAGUUUGGAUUUGCACUCUUCAUCCUACGCCUUCAACGUACGGGAUUAAAACUCAACGGAAAUGAGUAUUGCUCACAACACAGUUACAAUUUUAUUGUGAUUAAUCUAAUAAUAAUGUUCAAUUUAUAC